AUGCAGUUACAUUAUAAAAGUUCCGCUGUACUUCAAGAUAUCAAAGAUACUCAAAAUUCAAUCUCCAAAUCAGAAAAAUCUACAAGUUCAAAUACAAAUAAUAUGGUUACUAAACCAAAGAUUAAAAGAUCAAGAAAUGGUUGUCUUUCAUGUAAAAAGAUGAAGAUUAAAUGUGGUGAACAAAAACCAUCAUGUGAAUAUUGUGCACAUACAGGUCGUGAUUGUGUUUAUCCUGUAUCUAAACAACAAUUAAAGAUAACUAAAAACCCCAAACCAAUCUCAAGCAGUGUACCUCAAAAUGGAAAUCAAAUUCCAAAACAAAUUAAUACAGAAAUGUUAUUAAUUUCAUCAUCACCAAUACAAAAAAAAUUAAAUUCACCUCAAGAACAUUUAAAAAUUACAAGUUUCCAACAUUGUUUAUUAUCAAAUUAUUCAAGUUUUGGAGAAGAAUUUUUCACUUAUCAUAUACAACAAAAUACUCAUGAUUUUUGGAUGAUUGAUCUACCAAGGAAAUGGUCAAGUUCUCAAUUAUUAAAAAUUGCAACAUUUUGUGCUACAUCAAUGAAAUUAUUAUCAAAAUAUUCAUUAAAAGAUAUUCAUUUAAUAAGUUUUGAUAAUGAUGAUAAUCAAGCCUCUGAAUAUUUUAAUCAAUUAAUACCCAAUAAAAAAUUAAAUUUAUAUGAAGAAGCUUUUAAAUUUUUUAAUGAAACUUUUGAAAUUGUGGAAAAUUAUACAAAUUUUUUAGAAAAUUGUAUUAAUCCAAAUGAUCAUAUUGAAUUAAUUGGACAAAUUAUCGUGGGUAAAACUGUUUUAUAUUUAUCAUGUAUGUCAAUAUCUCCACAAUUAAAUAAUGAAGCAAUUGAAACUCAAGAUAUUUCUAAAUGUGGGAUUUUUAAAUUAUUUGAUAUUACUAAAGGUUUUAUACUUUUCAGUAAAAAAUAUAUUUCAUAUUUAAUUGGUACUCAUUAUGAAAAAAUGUUUUCAUUAAAAAAUGAAAUUAUUGAUGUUUCAAUACCAAAUAAAUUCCCAUUUAUAAAUUAUCUAAGAGAUUAUAUUAAUGAAACUAUAGAUUCAUUAGAUUUAUUACAAAUUAAUUUCUUAAAUAUUAUUGCAAGAAUGGAAGUUGAUUGUUAUCGUGCCUUGGUAUUUGAUUAUCCAAUCCCAUUAGCAACUCCAUUAGCAGAAUUAUCACAAGAUGAAGAUUUCCUAUGGGCUUUAAAACAAGAACACCCCGUUGCAAUGAGAAUAAUGUUUUAUUUUAGUUCAUUAUGUUCUAUAUUAGAUAAUAAGAUGUUUAAAGAAAGUUCAAUAUGGGAUGAAUAUAUUGAAGUUUAUAAAAUUAAAUUAGGUGGUUCUUUCCAAAAUAUAAAUGAUUUUAAUGUUUAUUCUUGUGUCCAAGCAAGAAUUCAUAAUAAGAUUCCAUAUAGUUUAAAAUUAUUACAAAAUUUUGGUAUUAAAUCAAUGGAGGAAAUUAUGUAUGAUUCUGAAGUUGUUGAAUUGAAAACUAAUUUAUCAAGUCCUUAUACAGAAGUUGAUUCUUUAUUUUAUGGAUAG